CUGUUACCGUAAUAUAUGUUUUUUUAUUACUUCCUUCAAUUGCCCUCAAAAGUGACUGAUUGGGUCAUUUUGAGUGACUUCAGAUUCAAGCGAUAGGGUUGGGGAGUUUAGGAUAGACAUGGCAUAAUAGGCUGUUUUGACUUUACCAGAACUGUGAAAGCUCCCCGCGAAGCUGCUUAUAGCAUAUCGACUGUAUUUGUGAAUAUAUAAUGCCAGAAUCUUCUUCUUCAUGGAAAGAGGUGUGUUAAUUAGAAACGGAUUGAAUAUCCCUCAAUACUUACCGGUUAUUGUUUGAGACAUAUACUUAUAGCAUGGCUACCUUUGUCCUGCUAGGGUGGCUCCUAUUCUCUGCAUCGGCAUCAGCUGCAUGUACGAGAGACUUUCUCGUAGGAGCUACUAACAAAUAUGUUGCUGCUCAAGCGGCUGGGUCCAGCAGAGAUAUAGCCGCAUUGGCGGCUCCUAAUGUCACAUACACCGAAAACGAAGUUCCCAAAGCCAUCAACGAAGGCGUACUAACGGAGGCCAUCAAGAUAGACCACAACCGCAGCAUCCACGACACCGCCAACUGCGCGACGUUCACCGAGCUCAUCGCCGCGAGCAACCCGCACCAGUACGUCAUCGGCACGCGCAUACUCUUCAACAACGACAGCAGGAUCUCGUUGAUCGAAUCUAUAGUGACGGAUGCGGGCGAUUGGGCCUUCAACGCCACCGGAUACCUAUACUGGAACUCGCAGGAGAGCUGGGAUCCUAUCCCCGAGGACAAGCGGGACAGCCGCGAGGUCAUCCAAGCCGCUGGCGACGCCUACUUCGACAGGUUCAAGAACGAGAACGUGACCGUACCUUUCGGUGUCCCGUGUUCCAGGCUCGAAGGCGGCGCGUCCACGGCCCCGCUCAACAUGACCGGCGACUCGUGCACGCUCGCAGGCCUGCCGUCUACGCUCGUAGUUACCAACCGCCGCUAUGUCGUGGACGAGGUCCUGGGCGUCGUCGACAUUUAUCUUGGGUUCCCCGGACUGGACAGGUCGCAGGGCCAGAAGCCCAUGCCGGACAGCCACGUGUUCAGGGUCGAGUCCGGCAAGAUCAGGUAUAUCCAUACCGUUUCGUCGUGCAUGGAGGCGGGCUGCGGGUUCAAUGGCACGAUCCCGCCUACCUCGAGGAUUAGGAGGCUGCGCGACUUUGAGAAGCCUAGGCUGUCCUUGCGGGGGUACUAAGGCGGAAGUGGCUGGAGAAAUAGGGGUUAUGAUGCAUUGUUUGGCUUAAAAGGGGGUCGUGCCGAAAAGACUGUUGUCAAAGACACACCGUUGAGCCAAAAGUAUAUUUCUUAAUAGCACAAUUGCUAUUACAGUCUAUCUGACCUGAGGGGACCUGAGUGGUAUUACCACUCAUAACUGUAUUUAGGUAGGCAAGAAGAGGUCCAGUGUGGUUCUAAGGAUGCCAGUAUUAUUUUCAUAAUGAGGCCACAAUGAGGCCACAAUGAGAUUUUUCACAAAAU